CUUUAUUAGAAAAGACUUGCUCUUUAAGCCCGAUUAUACACUCUUGUAUUCUACUUUAUACUUUUAGCCAUGCAAUUAUCAUUUGUUACUGCUCUUGUUAUUUCUGCAACUCUUGUUUCAGCAGCAAAGGUUGAGCAGACUACCACCGACUCUGGGUAUGGACUCCCUUACCAAGGAAGUGCACUUGCUCCCAGCAUUUCUUCACAUAAUGCUCCUGUAGAAACACCUGCUCCUACUGCUACUACUUUUGUUUCACAUGGUACCGAGACUCCUGUUCCUGUUGGUUCUGAAACUCCUUCUGCCACAGAGGACUGCGAAGAAGAAGUGCCUGAAGAAGAUUGUGAGGAGGAAGAACCUGAAGAAGAUUGUGAGGAAGAAGAGCCUGAAGAAGACUGUGAGGAAGAGGUGCCCGAGGAGGACUGCGAAGAGGAAACUCCAGCACCAACUAUUGUCCCAACUCCAGCACCACUUGGUGAAACCCCAGCACCAACUAUUGCUUCGACUCCAGCUUCACUCGGUGAAACUCCGGAGCCAACUAUUGCUUCGACUCCAGCUCCACUCGGCGAAACUUCGGCACCAGCUGCUGGUACUCACCAUGCCACAUUCGCAAACUACGGAUCAACUGACGCUCCCAUUCUCAGCAGCGCAAACAAGGCUACUCAUGCCGUAGGCAUCAUUGGUGCUCUUGUUCUUUCCGCACUUAUGCUUUAAAAUGUACCAUUGAACAGCUCUCUGUCUUGACUGCUCAUGUCUUUACAAAACCCAUUUAAGAGUUAUUGUUACUUUUCCAAGAGAUCCGACUUCGUUCAUUAAAAUCUUCCCAUCAUUGCUACUCAUACUGUAUCCUAUCCUGUUUGGAAAUUCUUGAUAUCAAGUAAACUCGGGUUUUGGAGUU